AUGAAUUGGGUUAAGGAGUUCAGUGUGUCGUCGAUUGGCAAGGGGCCUGAAAAAACAUCCUUAAGGUGCUGGGGUCGUAGGCCAUCCAGGCCUCCAGAAGAACCGUUUUUGAACGAUUUAACGGCCCUCAGCACCUCGGCGGGAGAAACGCAACCAGCCGUUGGUGUCAAUGCGGGAAAGACCCGCCUGUCCACCGAAAUUUUUGGGUGGAUGGAACAUAAUUUAUCGAGGGUGGCCGGCGAGCUCUCCGCCGGGCCCUCCGGCGAACAGACAAGUCUGACACCCGAGGACAGGUUUCCCUGUUCAAUACAAGAUGACAGCGUUGAUCCACCGAUCGGGGUAGCUGCAGGUAGCGAAAUACUAAAAAUGUGGAAGCCGACACGAGCUGAGCGAAAUGAUAUCGUCUGGCUUAUGAACGGAAGCGAUGGAACGUCAACUGAAUCCAGGUUGGAAUGGGUAGAGCUUGAGAAUCACAUGUUGGAUGUUUCAUCUGGCCUAGAACCGUACACAACAACGCGCCUAACAAUCUUUCUAGUUGACGAAGUCAAAAAAAUCGAAGAACUUAGAAUCAAAAAACCGCAUGAAGGGUUAAAGUUCGUGGUCCAGAUUACUCUAAGUAUGGAGAGGCCAAAUUUGGAUUUAUUUUUCCCACAAAAAGAAGAAGCAUCUAUUUGGGCCAGUGCGAUUAAGCGGGCGAAAAUUUCUGGUGAAAAUUGUAGGAAGAAAUUUGAAAAACAUCAAAAGACUCUUGAGAAGAAGAAUGGCUUGAAAUUCGGUGCAAAGAAUCCGGUUGGGGACGAAUAUGGCGAAGUCGGUGGAGCCGAUGUUAAUGCUGUCGAUAAUGUAACUGGUUUUGAAGUGGAGGUUGAUUCGACAGCCGCUGCAAUACGAAACGAUGUAGUCGGCUGUGGCUGUGUGUUGCUGCUAACAAAACAACACGUCACUCUGCACCAGAGGGAGAAGAAAGUUAUCAUCUCCUGGAAAUACCAACACGUGCGCCGUUUCGGCUACUCUCAAACGACCUUCACCUUGGAAGGGGGCACGAGGUCGGGGGUCAAAGGUCAAGGACUUUUCAUCUUCAGAAAAUGCAUGGGUAAACUAAUUCGCAAAACUAUAGAGCAGCGGAUAAAGGUAUUAACUUCUCAACUAAAUAGUUGCAGCACUUCUAGUCUCGAUAAGUUGGGUGAUUAUUUGGAAGAAGGCGAUUUGGAUAACAUUUACAGUGGAGUAAACGUUCACAAAAUGACCGACCAGAUUUCUAACGCUAGUGAUGAAGUAUUGAGGUCUGAUGAUUACGAGCAUAAUUUACAUUGCUACGACCUCCCUUGUACAGUGAACAUCACAGCAAAGUCGCCAACCUCUCCUACUACUACUACUAAAUGUCCUCUAUUGCCUAAUAAACGCUCGUACAUGCAUCUAAAUAGUACGGUUAAUGAAGCAUCUCAAUCUAAAAAUGAAAGUUUUGAAGCGCUAGCGAAAAGUUUGAAAGAGCAGCGUUUGAAUGAAACUGCGAUGGAUGAUGACACGAAUUCAUAUUCAAUCGACAUCAUUCCUAGACCUAAAAUUCUGCCUAAAAAAGUUUCAAAGCAGACGAAAUCAGUCAGUGAAAACGUAGACAACAGCAGCAGUACACUUAGAAAAAAUUUACCAGACUGCGCGAUGAAUCCCCCUCCGAAGAAACCUCCAAGAACCGCAGAUCCGAAAAUGUCAGACAUAGUAAAAAUGUUAUCUUCAGAUAAAAAAGAAUCCCCAGCAACGAAGCCAGGGUUCAACCAAUCAAACGAAGCCUUCUACAGUUCUCUCAAUUUUCUACCCGACGUAGCCCAACAAACCGUUGACAUCAAAGGGACAAAUCCGAAUGGGCCGAGCCAUGAUCUAUCUAAUUUCUUAGAAUCUGGUAACAUUUAUGGGGAGGCGAUGCUGAAGCGUGAAGUAAAACAAGCCAUAGUGCAACAAAUUUGCACGGACGAUGCCCUCUACGCCGAGGCGAACUCUAAAGAUCGAAUAAAGAAUAACUUCCCCAAGGGUAAACUCUUCAAAAAGAAGUAA